UCGUAAUUACCCAUUUCGUAUGUGCAAUAACCAAACUAAUGAUUUGGUAAAGGUUUCAUCUGGUUCUAAGCCGGAAAUAAAAAUUGAAACAUUUUAACCCGUUAUUUACUCCGCUAUUUUCUUCUAAUGAAGAAAGGACACCACGGCUUGUAAAUAAAACAAGUUUUAAUUUAGAAUUUUCUGUAAUAACAUCUCAUGUUUAGUACAUUUUGUGGAAAGUUCUUUGUACAUCUUAGAUCUUCGUAUGCAACCACAAGCAACCAUGUAUGUUUAUGUUCUCGACUUUGCUUUGCCUUGCCAAAGAGUUUUAGAGAAAUUUGAUUUGUUUUGUUUUCUUAUUUACUGUUCAUCGUUGUGUUUUGUGUUUGGUUGAAGCUCUAUUGAAAUAGUUUUUCGCCAAACCUUUUUCUGUUUUACAAACAGUUCUUUUGAGAACUUAUUUUGUGCCAUUCGGUAUUUAACCUAACAUUCGAAUGCCUGGAAAACGCUUGAAUUCUCAAGCUCGUAUGCUUGUUGGAAAUUUAAUCGCGUACUUUACGUCUGAAAGAGAUAAUAAGGGACCCCUAAUUUCCUUGAAGGCUAUCCAAGAUGUAAAUAUUAUUUUAAUUUUUGAUUAAUAAUUAGGAAAUGUCUACCACACCAUUCAUUGUGGAAUUUAAUUUGAUAAACAUGUGAAUUUUAAACUUAAAACUGAAUUGCAAAAAAUCCUAGAAUUUCAAUAUACUAAAUAGACUUAAAAAAUUUAAUUAUUAUGAAAUAUGCUAUAAUGAGGAUGGGUAGACAUAGCCUUAUAAUAAAAAAUAUAAGUUAUAGUAAUAAUGAACAUUAUAAAUAUAGUUAAAUUUUUUUAUUUUAGUAAAUAAAUAUUUGAACUUUGCAGAGUUGCUGAUGCUUUAAAGAUAAGCCUUCGAACAGUAUCAAGCAUAAAAAUUCCCAAAGACCGAAAUGAGUUGCCCUCAACACCAGGCAAGGACCGGCCACGGAGGAAGGAAAAGACUCAAGAUCUUAAUGAAUUUACAAAAAUGGAUGUUCGUAGUACAUUGUAUGACAUGUAUGCACAAAAAAAACAAGUUACAAUUCAUAUGCUAAAGGAAGAGCUACAUCAAAAAGAAAUUCUUCACAUUAGUUAUGGAAGCCUUCGAACACUACUCUUUAACCUAGGAUUUAAAUACCUUAAGGAUGAUAACAGACGUGCAUUAAUGGAGACAACCAAUAUAUCUUCAAUGAGGGCAGCUUUCUUCAGAAAAUAUAUGGAAAACAAAAACUCACCAUUUGCACGUCAACUUGUGUUUUUGGAUGAAACUUGGAUCUUUUCUAAAGGCAGCAAGAUGAGAUCAUGGCAAGACAAUAGUGUUAAGAGUGUUCGUAAGCCAGGUGGUUUUGAUGGAAAACGUUUUAUUGUGUUGCAUGCUGGACAUAGUGGAGGAUUUAUUAAAAAUGCCAGUUUAAUUUUUGCCUCUAAAUCUAAAACAUUGGAUUAUCAUGGAGAAAUGAACCAUGAACUAUUUACGAAGUGGGUUGAAAAUCAGUUGAUCCCAAAUCUAGAGGAACCUUCAUUAAUUAUAAUGGAUAAUGCUCCGUACCAUUCUGUCCAGCUAGAAAAGCAACCUUCAUCCUCAUGGAAAAAACAAGAAAUUGCCGAGUGGUUAGUGAAAAAUAAUAUACCAUACAAUAGACAAAUGUUUAAGCCUGAGUUAUUAAGCAUAGCAAAAAUGUACAAAAGGCCAAAGCAAUAUAAAAUAGAUACAAUAUUGCAAGAAAAUGGACAUGAAGUUUUAAGAUUGCCACCCUAUCAUUGUCAAUUUAAUGCGAUUGAGAUGAUUUGGGCAGAUGCCAAAAAUUUUUACAAUACCCAUAUUGGUGAAAAUGGGCAUAAAGAUGAAAAUGUACUGGAUAUGUGGAAAAAAUCAUUAGAGAAAUGUACACCAGAAGUAUGGAACGCUAAGGUUUGCCACACUGAAAAAAUAAUCAAGGACUGGUAUGAUGACCUCCCUGGUCAUUAUUGAAGAGAUACCCCAAAUUCUGAUUAGUUUAAACAGUGAAACUAGCUCAGAAGAUAGUGACAGUGAUUAUUCAUAACUGAAUUUUCUAUCUUAAACUUUGAUAUUUUUUUGUUCAAUGAGAAAAAACUUGUUUUGAAAAAAAUGUUUUGGUGUAAGAAUAUUUGGGUUACGGUAUAAUAUACGGGUUGCUCCAUUUCUUUUAGCAUAUUACAAUAAUAAGUAUCUCUUAUUAACUAAAUCUCUUGUUUGUA